AUGUCCAUACUUGAUGGCAAACACCUACGAGGUGGAUCUGACGGAGUGCAGCCUUAUAUUGUUGCACAAAACCCGUCAGCACGUCAUACACUUGCACCAAUUCUGCCUAAACUAGAAUCUAUAUCAACUGGUCUAGGGUAUGACAAUGGAAAUACGAGUAUUAUGCCGCGUCAGAUUAAAGAGUACUCGACAGAAAAUCUAGUCGAGCUGGGGUUGGCACCUCAAUUAUCAGAGCUAAUAGCAUUAGACAACAAGCUCGUGAUUCCUGCCCAUUCCGCCGACUCUGUUGACCCAUCGUUUGCAGUAUUUCAACCAUUUGCGGCCAAGCCAUAUUCUUCAAAAACCAGUCAGAUUAUUCGCGAGUCACAAGACUUGCAGCAACAGUGUAUUACAAAUUCGAAUGAAAAAGUUGUAGCCACUUGCUUGACUCCAACUCUAAAUCCUAUCGGACAACACACCGCAAUAAACUUCCAAUCUAAAGCAGCAUCAACAAACACUUCAUUGAGCAGAUUGGAUAAACACUUUCAAAGUCUGGAUACUGGGAGUCUAGCAAAUAAAUACAGACAAUCUUUAACUAGCGAGUUUUCUAGUGCAUCGCAUAUUCUUUCCGACACAAGCGGUAUUUCUCGUGUAUGUCAAGCACUCAUGUAUCCAGAUGCUAAUUGUGAUCUGUUGAACGACGAGACAGAUAUAGACGACGAAUAUAGUUCUAUUGAUGAGUCCAAUCUGAACAUGACUUUGGAUGCAGUGCUGCCCAUUCCGGAAUUUGCCAGUCAAACAACGCCUGCAUCUGUAGAAAAACUUGAAUCUCGAAAUCGCUUCAGUAAAUCUCCUAAUUCUAAAGCCAGAUAUGCCACUACGUUGGCAGCAGUGUCUACGCAACCAACUACAGCAAUCCCUAUACAUACCGCCACUAAAAAUACAUCCUUGCCAAGUGUUUCAGAAGAAUGCCCAGUCACAAUCUCGUCGGAAACCAAUCCAUCAGUUUCUUUGCAACCUCAGACACCUGUAAAAAGAUCACAAGGUGUACUACCCAAUUAUGAAGGCAUUAUGCAUCGAGCACUCGGGCCUUUUCAACGUCAACGCAAGGUAUCUCCUAUAAACCAAAUAUCUAGACUGGAGCCUGUUGCAUUAGAAGAAAACGACCAAAAUGUCUUGAACAUUCCAUGUAAUACUAGUUACCAAAGUAUUUCCCCGACGGAUGCUACUGCACGCGAAAGCCAAUACGAAGCAAUCCAUUUACCGCACAUUCCAGUCAAUGAUUCUACCGAUACAUUAAAACCUAAACCAUUCAAUAUCAAGCCAUCUCUAUCUUUGGGAAAAUCAUUCAAUUUUAAAAGAUUCAAACUGCACCAUUCGCAUGAUUUAGACAUGCCAACACUGCAUAAUCAAUCAAAUUCUACGAAAUUAAUGGUAAACCCAGAUAUUCAAACCCACCCACUCCAUAGUACAUCUGACACCAUGGCAGUGUCUCAGCAUUCUCGAUUUUCUUUUUGGAAAAUAUUUGAUAUGUUUUACUGGAGAGGGCAUCGUGCAACACGAGCACAUGUGUUUCCUCGCUCAUCUGUGAGUAUAGACAUUGAUGAUGCUGAUACUGAUACUGAUCAAAAUCCAUAUAUGAACGGAGCUUUACCGUUGAUUGGACCUUCUAAAGAUGAUUUUACAUCUGAUAUAUCAUUUCAGGAAAAAAGCGCUUUGCAAACAUCAGCACAUCCUCAAAGUGAUACAAUCUCUAAAACUAUACCGACUGCUUUCUCGGUUCCUCCAGAGAUCAGAUAUCUGUGUAAGCUUAAUUUGCAGAAUUUUCAAAACAAAGUAUACAUUUGGCUUACUAACAGUGCUGCAUCUGUAUUGAAUGUAUAUGGAUCAUGCAACUUUAGCCACAAGCGGCCGACUCUCUAA